AAAGCCACUGUUUGGAAUCGAUCCAGUCAAUGUACGCUACUCUAUAGAUUUUCUUUUCUAUGGUAGCUGCUUCUUUUCUUUCUGCUAAUCUGCUUCUGCAGUGCUGAUUUUCUGGGGCUGGUCAAAUUGAUAAAAUUUUCUUUUAAAUUCUAAAUUUCAUAAAUAUUUACAACUUUCAAUAAAUAAAAUGUCUACAAGAAUAUUUGCUCCUCCGGUUGAUGUUUCUCCGCUCAUCAGAUUCAGCCGAUGGAGUUUACUAUUCGCUGGCAUUGCUUAUGGAGCAUUUUGGAACAGCAGGUUUACUAAGAAAGAAGCGGCUUUGAAGCCAAUCUUGGAGAAGGAGAAGGCAGAACGUGAUGCAUUCCUUGCUGCGCAAAAACUAAAAACUGCAGAGGAGGAAAAAGCGGCACUUGAAGCUUUGAGCCAGCCUUCAAAAUGAAUACGAAUUACUGUUAGUUAUAAUGUAUUAAAAUAUAAUAUAAUAAUUAUGUUGUUGAAAAAUAAUCAUACAAUCUGUAAUUAAAUGUUUUAAUUGCCAUCUACAA